CCGGACCUCCGCCUGCUCCGCUUGCGCCACGACAACAUCCAGACCAUCGAGGACAUGGCCCUGCAAGGCUUGCCCGCCCUCCGUACCCUCGACCUCAGCCACAACCCUUUGCUCUCGGUGGCCGCCGGCGCGUUCGCCGGCGUGCCGCUGCUGCGCACGCUGCAGCUGAACCAGGCGCUGCUGGCCGCCCCGUUGGAGGAGCAGCUCGCCCUGGCCCUGCGCAACCUCAGCUUGCGGCGCCUGGAGUUGGCGGGCAACGGGCUGCGGGCGCUGCCGGCCGCCCUGCUGCCCGCCGGCCUGGAGGAGCUGGACCUGCGUAAAAACUCGCUGGGGCUGGCGUGCGCGGCCGCCGAGGGCGGCGAGCCCGGUCGGCUGGAGACGGCUUCUUACGUCUUCUUCGGCAUCGUGUUGGCCCUCAUCGGCAUCGUCUUCCUCAUGGUGCUCUACCUGAACCGCCGCGGCAUCAAGCGUUGGCUCCACAACCUCCGCGAGGCUUGUCGCGACCAGAUGGAGGGCUACCACUACCGCUACGAGCAGGACGCCGAUCCCCGCUGCACCAGCGCCAUCGGCACCCCCGGCCUCUGA